UGUAUAUAUUAUAGACUGUGUGGUGUAUUGUGUAUAUAUUAUAGACUGUGUGGUGUAUUGUGGAUAUAUUAUAGACUGUGUGGUGUAUUGUGUAUAUAUUAUAGACUGUGUGGUGUAUUGUGUAUAUAUUAUAGACUGUGUGGUGUAUUGUGGAUAUAUUAUAGACUGUGUGGUGUAUUGUGGAUAUGUUAUAGACUGUGUGGUGUAUUGUGUUCAUAGUGGAUAUAUUAUAGACUGUGUGGUGUAUUGUGUAUAUAUUAUAGACUGUGUGGUGUAUUGUGGAUAUAUUAUAGACUGUGUGGUGUAUUGUGGAUAUAUUAUAGACUGUGUGGUGUAUUGUGGAUAUAUUAUAGACUGUGUGGUGUAUUGUGUUCAUAGUGGAUAUAUUAUAGACUGUGUGGUGUAUUGUGGAUAUAUUAUAGACUGUGUGGUGUAUUGUGUACAUAGUGGAUAUGUUAUACUAUGAGGUGUAUUGUGUUCAUAGUGGAUAUGUUAUAGACUGUGUGGUGUAUUGUGGAUAUAUUAUAGACUGUGUGGUGUAUUGUGGAUAUAUUAUAGACUGUGUGGUGUAUUGUGGAUAUGUUAUAGACUGUGUGGUGCAUUGUGUUCAUAGUGGAUAUAUUAUAGACUGUGUGGUGUAUUGUGGAUAUAUUAUAGACUGUGUGGUGUAUUGUGGAUAUAUUAUAGACUGUGUGGUGUAUUGUGUUAAUAGUGGAUAUAUUAUAGACUGUGUGGUGUAUUGUGGAUAUGUUAUACUAUGAGGUGUAUUGUGUUCAUAGUGGAUAUAUUAUAGACUGUGUGGUGUAUUGUGGAUAUGUUAUACUAUGAGGUGUAUUGUGUUCAUAGUGGAUAUAUUAUAGACUGUGUGGUGUAUUGUGUUCAUAGUGGAUAUAUUAUAGACUGUGUGGUGUAUUGUGGAUAUAUUAUAGACUGUGUGGUGCAUUGUGUUCAUAGUGGAUAUAUUAUAGACUGUGUGGUGUAUUGUGGAUAUGUUAUAGACUGUGUGGUGUAUUGUGGAUAUGUUAUAGACUGUGUGGUGCAUUGUGUUCAUAGUGGAUAUAUUAUAGACUGUGUGGUGUAUUGUGCAUAUAUUAUAGACUGUGUGGUGUAUUGUGUUCAUAGUGGAUAUGUUAUAGACUGUGUGGUGUAUUGUGUAUAUAUUAUAGACUGUGUGGUGUAUUGUGUUCAUAGUGGAUAUAUUAUAGACUGUGUGGUGCAUUGUGUUCAUAGUGGAUAUAUUAUAGACUGUGUGGUGUAUUGUGUUCAUAGUGGAUAUAUUAUAGACUGUGUGGUGCAUUGUGUUCAUAGUGGAUAUAUUAUAGACUGUGUGGUGUAUUGUGGAUAUGUUAUAGACUGUGUGGUGUAUUGUGCAUAUAUUAUAGACUGUGUGGUGUAUUGUGUUCAUAGUGGAUAUAUUAUAGACUGUGUGGUGCAUUGUGUUCAUAGUGGAUAUAUUAUAGACUGUGUGGUGUAUUGUGUAUAUAUUAUAGACUGUGUGGUGUAUUGUGUUCAUAGUGGAUAUGUUAUAGACUGUGUGGUGUAUUGUGUAUAUAUUAUAGACUGUGUGGUGCAUUGUGUUCAUAGUGGAUAUAUUAUAGACUGUGUGGUGUAUUGUGGAUAUAUUAUAGACUGUGUGGUGUAUUGUGUAUAUAUUAUAGACUGUGUGGUGUAUUGUGGAUAUAUUAUAGACUGUGUGGUGUAUUGUGGAUAUAUUAUAGACUGUGUGGUGUAUUGUGUAUAUAUUAUAUACUGUGUGGUGUAUUGUGGAUAUAUUAUAGACUGUGUGGUGUAUUGUGGAUAUAUUAUAGUCUGUGUGGUGUAUUGUGGAUAUAUUAUAGACUGUGUGGUGUAUUGUGGAUAUAUUAUAGACUGUGUGGUGUAUUGUGUUCAUAGUGGAUAUGUUAUAGACUGUGUGGUGUAUUGUGUAUAUAUUAUAGACUGUGUGGUUAUUGUGGAUAUAUUAUAGACUGUGUGGUGUAUUGUGGCUAUAUUAUAUACUGUGUGUUGUAUUGUGGAUAUAUUAUAGACUGUGUGGUGUAUUGUGGAUAUAUUAUAGACUGUGUGGUGUAUUGUGUAUAUAUUAUAGACUGUGUGGUGUAUUGUGGAUAUGUUAUAGACUGUGUGGUGUAUUGUGUAUAUAUUAUAGACUGUGUGGUGUAUUGUGUAUAUAUUAUAGACUGUGUGGUGUAUUGUGUAUAUAUUAUAGACUGUGUGGUGUAUUGUGGAUAUAUUAUAGACUGUGUGGUGUAUUGUGGAUAUAUUAUAGACUGUGUGGUGUAUUGUGUUCAUAGUGGAUAUGUUAUAGACUGUGUGGAUAUAUUAUAGACUGUGUGGUGUAUUGUGUAUAUAUUAUAGACUGUGUGGUGUAUUGUGGAUAUAUUAUAGACUGUGUGGUGUAUUGUGUAUAUAUUAUAGACUGUGUGGUGUAUUGUGGAUAUGUUAUAGACUGUGUGGUGUAUUGUGUAUAUAUUAUAGACUGUGUGGUGUAUUGUGGAUAUGUUAUAGACUGUGUGGUGUAUUGUGGAUAUGUUAUAGACUGUGUGGUGUAUUGUGGAUAUAUUAUAGACUGUGUGGUGUAUUGUGUAUAUAUUAUAUACUGUGUGGUGUAUUGUGGAUAUAUUAUAGACUGUGUGGUGUAUUGUGUUCAUAGUGGAUAUGUUAUAGAC